UUACUUACACAACUGUAGCUAGAUGGACACCUGUUUCAGCAAACGUGGUAGGAAGGCUGAGGAUAAUGAAGCUAACCCCAAGCUGCUACACGCUGUGGAAGAGGACCUGGCACAAGAAUGUGAAGAUGUCCCUAUUCAUCCAAAGAAAAAAAAGCUAAUCAAAUAUUCCCCGAGGAAAACAAGGGCAUUGGAGUUGGCCAAACUGAAGGAACAAACCAAGAUGGACCGACAGAAGAUAGAACACCUUGAGGAGCGCAUUAAUUACCUGGAGGAGGCCAACAAGGACCUGAAAGCUGACAAGGACUUCCUACUUGCCAACAUUAAGGAAGCUCCCAGCACACUUACAUCUUCUGGGAAAGGAAGACCGCUCCAGAACCUUCUUCAUCUUCGACUUCAACAUCGACAUCUCCCUCCUCAGACUCCAGCUUCUUAUCAUCCUCAGAAGAAAAGAAAAAGAAAAGGAAGAAGUCCAAGAAAAAAACCAUUAAGUCAAACAAACACACUGAAUCAUACAGCCGUUCAAGAAGUAAGCAGAGAUAUUGAUCAUCUUUAUAAUCACCUUUAUAACAAUCCUAAAGUUGACCCGUCACGUUCGGUCACGGUAACGGGCGGCAAAGAUCCACGCGCAGAGGGAGGUCACAAAAUAAGGGUUUUAAUGUUCAACAGAAACAGCGAGCAGAGCUCGAUGGCAAAACAUAGAACAAAAAUGUAUUCUCUAGGAGACCAGCUAGGCAAAAGGCAAAACGAAAGAUAAUCCUCCGGACAGGGGAAUCUCCUCCUUGGAGAACAAAGCUCGACAGGAGCCCGCAGGAUGCAGCCCCUGCGGCACGACGCUGAAGACCGGACGAGCAGGACUUGGCU